CUCGGAUAUCGCUAGAAAGUCGACAACAGGGAGCUUUUGAGGUGGUAGACGCCAACAGGCACCAUCAAGCUCCAGCAAACGCGUGACACGCAAUGUCUUACUAUGCCAGAUGAAACAAGUAACCACUGGGCGCAAAUCAGCGAAACCCCGCCAGCCUGUCAAGCACACCAAAACCUUCACGGCAUGCUGGACGUGUCGGAAUAGGCACGUAAAGUGUGGUGAGGAGCGGCCGGAAUGUGCAAGAUGUCUGAAAGGAGGUUUCUCUUGCCAGGGCUACGGAAUCAGACUGGUCUGGGUCGACCCUAACACACAGGAAAGGGAGCAGAACAGCAGGCGGGCGAUAGGUGCCCCAGCGAUCUACGACGAUGAUUCGAGCUUUAUGCGGGUCGAUGUCCUCGAAGCCUUGGACACGAUAGAAAAUUUCCCGGCAGAGACCGACGACUUGUCGGCAGGUCCUUUUUCAGUCUUUCUUCUCGACGGCUAUGAUCCCGAUGGCUUGCGAUACGGAAAUCUACAACGAGCCCCAGAAUCUUCCCUGUCCAACGGCUUCCCACCGCCGUCACAAGCUGACACUGGCGACGCUGAAGAAGAAGAAAUCGAGACCAUUUAUUCGCCGUCGACAUCAAUCUUGUCUCAGUCUGAUAUAGAUUCCGCCUCCAUUUCUUUCGAUCUGAGCCAAGCAUCGACCCCGCCAUCUUUCCGCCACCUCGACCUCCUCCCUCGACCAAGCGAACAACGGGAGUUAAUUCAUCACUGGACAAGUUUUGUGUCGUGGCACCUUGUUCCCGUGGAUCGUUCAGAUAACCCCUUCCGCAGCGUCUUUACACCCAUGGCUCUCGCCGGAUUGAGCUCCCCUUCUAGCCAAUCCAACGGCCAGAUCGCCCUCUUCCACGCUCUGUGUGCCGCAUCCGCCUUCAGUCGCGGCCAGUUGUUGAAUGACGAUUCUAAGUCCCUCACCCUUGCUAUGAAGCAUUACAACCUUGCAAUUAUGCACCUGCGGCAUAGCUUAGCAAACGCCAAGCACAAUCCCAACACCAAUCCCGGAGUUGACGCCCAGCGUGGUUCCAUCCUGGCCACUAUCACCAUGUUCUCGGCCAUGGAUAUGAUUACUGGUCGCUCCUCUGAAUGGCGCACACAUCUCGAAGGCGGUGCCUCCUGGCUCUCGACAAUCGAAGGCAAUGCUUGGGAUCGUGACAAGUCUUCGUCAAUGGUAUAUCAAGGCUAUCUCGCUAUUGCAGCGCUAUGCAAUAUCAAUCUCCCAUCGACCAUCGAAGUGGACAUGGAAUCGGACGAUUUCCUCGAUGAGCGGCACUACGUGCUGGACCGAUUUUUUGGCCUCACACGUCCGAUGUUGAAGCAUAUUGUCAUGAUGAAUUCUUUGAUCAAGCGGAUAUCCAACACGAACCCCGAUACGAGCAAGGAGAUGCUCGACGACCUUGAGCUGCAGCUCUACAUGCAGACCCCAGAGACAUUGGACAUGGAGAAUUUGGAUCCCGUUUCGCAGGCUUUGACUCGGAACCACGCAUAUGUCUUCUACUACGCCAGCUUGGUCUACUUCCAGCGCACGCUCAAGCGACGACCGCCCGAAGAGGUCCAAGAAAUGGUCGAGAUCGCCGUAGGCCACCUUGAAGCAAUCGAGGUUCUUGGAGGGGAGACGAUUGGGUGUACGCUGGUGUGGCCGCCGUUCAUCGUGGCUUGUGAAUGCCUGAGUACAGAUCUUCAGCAGCGUAUGGUUGCGUGGUACAUGAUGAAGCGAAGACAUGGUUUCAAGAAUCUCGAUUUCUCUAAGGAUAUAGCGGAGGAGUUAUGGCGGCGAAGGAGUGAAACAUCGUCGGCAGUCGAUAUACAGUGGCAGGAUGUCUUGAAAGAAAUGAAGAUGGACAUAGUGCUGGCAUGAAAGGAGAGAACGGUCAGAAGUUUCCUGACUUGAUAAAAACGUGCUAAUUUAAACACAAAAAACAUUUAUAACG